AUGUGGCAUUCGUUGGGUGUUCCACCUUCUGAGCUCCGUAUCACCCGAUCGCUUCUUUGUGGACAAGCGUUUCGAUGGGUGAAACUGAGCGACAAUAUCUGGGCAGGUGUCAUUCUUCAGAAUCUAGUUUCACUUCUUCAAACAGAUACCGAUGUGCUGUUUCAUUUUUACUCGGAUACCAUUUCACUCACUGAAGCCAGACUUAUCCUAUAUGACUAUUUUCAAUUGGGUUCAAGUCUUGAAUUGCUUUACAAGACCUGGCUUCUUGAUUCAAACUUUGCCAAAAAAGUAACGGCUCAAAAUCUAAUUGGGUUGCGAGUUCUUCGUCAAGACCCAAGCGAGAAUGUGUUUUCAUUCAUCUGCUCUUCGAAUAACAAUAUUCCUCGUAUUUCAUCCAUGAUCAGAUCGUUGUGUGCAGAGUAUGGCACACGCAUCGAUUCCCUUCGAAAUGACAAAGGAGAGCAUAUUGUGUUUUAUACAUUUCCAGAGAUCAAGGCAUUGGCCGGCGAUGAUGUUGAACAACGAUUGAGACAACUUGGAUUUGGGUAUCGUGCCAAAUUCAUUGUUGGCAGCGCAAAGCUGAUUCUUGAAAGAGGUGGAUCAAAAUGGUUGCACUCUCUUCGAGAUAUAUCCUAUCAAGCCGCGCAUACUGAGUUGCUGAGCUUGCCUGGGGUUGGACCUAAAGUUUCAGAUUGUAUCUGUUUAAUGAGCUUGGAUAAAAUUGGAGCAAUUCCUGUAGACACACAUGUAUGGCAGAUUGCCCAACGAGAUUACGGCAUGGUUGGAUCAUCAGCAAAAACUAUCACAAAGUCGCUGUAUCUGCAUAUUGGCGAAGCAUUUAGGGAAGUAUUUGGAGAGUAUGCUGGAUGGGCACACACCGUUCUUUUUUGUGCAGAUCUACGCAAUUCUCUGCAUUCAUAA